AUGGCGGCCAAGCCCCCGCCGGGCGCUGAGGGGCGCCGCGCCUCGCCGCGAGCCCCUCCACAAAAUGGCGGCCCAGCCCCCGGCCGGACGCUGGAGGAUCCCAAAAGGCACCAAAGGGCUGUAUGCAUCGAGAGAGAGCCUCCAUUUCAGAACGAUGAUCUAGACCUGGAGGCAGCCAUAGCAAGCGCCCGCCCCCAGCUAGUGGAGUUCCUCAGUCACCGUCCCGACUGGCUGCUCACGACCUCCCGGCGCUUCCUCCCAGGGGUGGCCCUGAAUGGCCUGGAUGGGAUCACCGACCACAGAGAAAAAGUCUCAGUGCUUCUUGACCUGCUGGAGAAGGCUGGCCAGGCCACCUGGAAAUGGUUUGCACAGUACCUCUGCAUGGAGUGCGACCUCCCCUUGGACCUGGAGAUACUGCUCAUCAGUUCUGUGGGAGAAGAUUCAGCUGAAAAGUACCGGCGUCUCCUCAUCGAUUCUGUCCGGCAGAGAUAUGGAAGCAGGAGGGCAGCAGGAGCAGCAGCACAGGAACAAACACAGCCACUGGCUUUUAACCAAGCCUUUGUCAACCUUGUCAUUCGGCAGAGCAAAGCCUCCCGCUUAAAAGAGAGAACAGAUAAACCCCGAGAGGAUGUGGCAGGUGCUUCUGAACCAGAAGAAUGUGUGGAUACAGCUGUGAAAGUGUCAGAUCUGUUUUGUAGUGUGGUCCCAUCGGGCACGACGAAGGUGAUCUUUUUGUUUGGUAAACCAGGUACAGGCAAGACCAUGCUAAUGCACAGGAUUUGUCAGAAAUGGGCAGAAGGUGUCCUACCUCAGUUUCUCUUCACUUUUCUGUUUGAGUUUCGGCAGCUGAAUUUAUUAAAAAGAAAAUUGACUCUGAAGGAGCUUUUGUUUGACCUGUUCCUUCAGCCAGAAGACAGCUCUGAUGCAGUGUUCCAGUACCUCCUGGAAAAUACCUGGCAGACACUGAUCAUCUUUGAUGGGCUGGAUGAGUUUGCAGCUAACAUAGACGUGUCAUCCUCUUCUAAGGGAGGCCCAACUCUUACCUCCCGUAUGUCCAUAUCUGAGCUCUUUGCAGACCUCUGUCAUGGGAAGCUCCUGCCUGGUUGUACAGUGUUGGUCACCAGCCGACCUAAGAGACUACCUGACUCCUUAUUAAACACGGUAGAUCUGCUAGCAGAAAUUUGGGGAUUUGACCAUGAGAAGGUUGAGGAAUACGUCAGCCACUAUUUUCAUCAGCAUUCAUUCAAAGAACAAGCCAUUGCUCACCUGAAGAACAACACCAAGCUCCUCAGCAUGUGCUUGAUCCCUGCUCUGUGUUAUGUUGUGUGCAUCUGUUUGGAGUAUUUGCUCCUUAAACAUCAGAUGAGUGUGGAGCUUCCUCAAACUAUGACACAGUUUUAUAUCAAAAUGCUUCUCAUCUUCAUAAACAAACAGCAAGGAGAGCGUGCAGGUGGCGAGGAGACUCAGCUGAACUAUAACAAGAAGGCCAUUUUGGGUCUGUGUGAUCUUGCACUGAAAGGCCUGGAAGAGAAGAAGCUUGUGUUUUAUGUCGGUGAUAUUCCAGAGCAUGUGAAGGAAUUUGCUUCCUUGCAUGGACUGCUGACUGUCUUUGAGGUGAAGACAAGUGGCACUGACCCAGAGGCUGGCUAUGCCUUUGUGCACUUGAGCUUGCAGGAGUUUUUGCAGCACUGUGUCUCAUGCAUCCUGACUCUGCCUCCAUUUCAGAACGAUGAUCUAGACCUGGAGGCAGCCAUAGCAAGCGCCCGCCCCCAGCUAGUGGAGUUCCUCAGUCACCGUCCCGACUGGCUGCUCACGACCUCCCGGCGCUUCCUCCCAGGGGUGGCCCUGAAUGGCCUGGAUGGGAUCACCGACCACAGAGAAAAAGUCUCAGUGCUUCUUGACCUGCUGGAGAAGGCUGGCCAGGCCACCUGGAAAUGGUUUGCACAGUACCUCUGCAUGGAGUGCGACCUCCCCUUGGACCUGGAGAUACUGCUCAUCAGUUCUGUGGGAGAAGGUAACUUAAGCCAGAAACAAGAAGCAUGCACAGAUGUGAGUGCCCGGUCGCCUGUGCCAAAAGGGUUUGCUCGCCGCCGCCGUCGUCGCAGCAGCUCUGUGAGUGAUAAGGUUGUUAAACAGCAACGACUGGAUUCAGCUGAAAAGUACCGGCGUCUCCUCAUCGAUUCUGUCCGGCAGAGAUAUGGAAGCAGGAGGGCAGCAGGAGCAGCAGCACAGGAACAAACACAGCCACUGGCUUUUAACCAAGCCUUUGUCAACCUUGUCAUUCGGCAGAGCAAAGCCUCCCGCUUAAAAGAGAGAACAGAUAAACCCCGAGAGGAUGUGGCAGGUGCUUCUGAACCAGAAGAAUGUGUGGAUACAGCUGUGAAAGUGUCAGAUCUGUUUUGUAGUGUGGUCCCAUCGGGCACGACGAAGGUGAUCUUUUUGUUUGGUAAACCAGGUACAGGCAAGACCAUGCUAAUGCACAGGAUUUGUCAGAAAUGGGCAGAAGGUGUCCUACCUCAGUUUCUCUUCACUUUUCUGUUUGAGUUUCGGCAGCUGAAUUUAUUAAAAAGAAAAUUGACUCUGAAGGAGCUUUUGUUUGACCUGUUCCUUCAGCCAGAAGACAGCUCUGAUGCAGUGUUCCAGUACCUCCUGGAAAAUACCUGGCAGACACUGAUCAUCUUUGAUGGGCUGGAUGAGUUUGCAGCUAACAUAGACGUGUCAUCCUCUUCUAAGGGAGGCCCAACUCUUACCUCCCGUAUGUCCAUAUCUGAGCUCUUUGCAGACCUCUGUCAUGGGAAGCUCCUGCCUGGUUGUACAGUGUUGGUCACCAGCCGACCUAAGAGACUACCUGACUCCUUAUUAAACACGGUAGAUCUGCUAGCAGAAAUUUGGGGAUUUGACCAUGAGAAGGUUGAGGAAUACGUCAGCCACUAUUUUCAUCAGCAUUCAUUCAAAGAACAAGCCAUUGCUCACCUGAAGAACAACACCAAGCUCCUCAGCAUGUGCUUGAUCCCUGCUCUGUGUUAUGUUGUGUGCAUCUGUUUGGAGUAUUUGCUCCUUAAACAUCAGAUGAGUGUGGAGCUUCCUCAAACUAUGACACAGUUUUAUAUCAAAAUGCUUCUCAUCUUCAUAAACAAACAGCAAGGAGAGCGUGCAGGUGGCGAGGAGACUCAGCUGAACUAUAACAAGAAGGCCAUUUUGGGUCUGUGUGAUCUUGCACUGAAAGGCCUGGAAGAGAAGAAGCUUGUGUUUUAUGUCGGUGAUAUUCCAGAGCAUGUGAAGGAAUUUGCUUCCUUGCAUGGACUGCUGACUGUCUUUGAGGUGAAGACAAGUGGCACUGACCCAGAGGCUGGCUAUGCCUUUGUGCACUUGAGCUUGCAGGAGUUUUUUGCAGCACUGUGUCUCAUGGUAAGUAAGAAUGUGGACAAGAACUACCUGAAGAAGAAGUUCUCUUUGAAGUCAAAGUGGACUUUAAAGAAUGAGGCAAAGACUGAGUUCAUGGAGAGUUUUCACAUCUUUCUCUCAGGCUUGUCGUCAAAAGAGUGUAGGACAUUUCUUAUGCUGCUAGCUGAACAAGGUGAAGCUUGGGUGCAGGAUAAGCAGGACACGAUCCUGCAGUCUCUCAAGAAACUGGCAGCCACUCAUCUGACGGGGCCUAAGGUCAUUGAGCUCUGCCAUUGCACAUUUGAAACGCAAGACCUCAAAGUAGCCCAGCACAUCGGGAGCCUGCUGAAUUUCAAGUAUGAGUUUAAAAAUUUUAGACUGACACCUCUGGACAUGUCAGCUUUGGUUUUUGUCAUAAACUCGGGCCAGGAUUUGACUUAUUUGGAUUUUGCGGGGUGUCUCAUGGACGUUGACAGUUUGGAGGUUCUGGCUGGCUGUAAAAAUGUAGAACACUUGAGCUUUCGUAGUAGGAGAUGUGGCGAUGACUUUGCUGCUGCUCUUUCAAAGAGCUUACGCGAAAUGGGGAGCCUGAAGAAACUAGAGUUGACAGGUGGGAGCAUCACAGCUGAGGGGAUGACUAACUUGGUCCAGGCUUCAUCACAGUGCCUCCAGCUUGAGGAAAUAAAUUUGCAGGACAAUCGGAUACGGGAUCCGGAGGUGAAGAGGGUGAUGGACCUGUUUUCCAGAAUGGAACAGCUGAAGAAAAUAGAUCUGAGCAACAACGAUCUUUCCUUGAAUGCUGUUCUCAUUUUGGCAAAGGAAGUCAUCGCGUGUCAAAAUGCUACUGAACUGCGUGUCAGGAAGGACACCGUGAUUAUAUAUUUUUCUGGCCCACCUGGGAAAGUUCCAAGAUCUUUGGAUUUGAGCUGGGAAGAGCAUAAGGAACAUGUAAUUCCAACUAGACAUGUGAAGUUAUGCUUGCAGGAUCGCAGUCUGUCUUCCCAACAUGCGAAGGAGAUUGUUUCCAUUCUCCAGAGCUGUCCCUGUCUCUCUGAAGUCGAUUUAUCAGGUAACAAGCUUGGAGAUGAAGGCUGCAGUUGCCUGCUGGAAAGCCUCCCUUGGAUAUCAAUUUCAAAGAAGCUGGAUCUCAGUCAAAACCGCCUCUCUGUUAAUGGCAUUUGCAGUCUGUUGAAGUCAGUAAAUACCUGCCAGAAGAUGAUGGAGGUACAAGUCAGCCUUUGUCAUGAGACUGCAGUCCUGAGGUUUGCAGAAGGCGGAGAGUUUGCUUCUCUUCCUGCUAGGGAAGACCCUGUGUUCUUUACUGGUGACCAACAAUACGGAGAGGAAAACCAGACACCUACUGCUUCUAAAAAAAUAAGGCUGACAGACAGUCGUUUUCAAGCCAGUGACCUGGAGAAGCUGUGUGCAGUCCUGAAGGAAUGUAGAAGCAUCUCCAAGCUGGACCUAUCGAAUAAUUACCUGGGAGACGAGGGACUUCUGCAGCUGUUUCAGUUCCUCCCGAAUUUGAAAAUGUUAAGUUCUCUCAAGCUUAAUGACAACCAGAUCUCCCUGAACUCUGUGUUUUUCUUAGCUCAGUCCUUAUCUACAUUGGAACACAUUAAAACAAUGAACCUCAGCUUAGGACACACACAGGUGGUUCAUCUAACCUUUUGGGAAAGAAUCAGGGUCAGAAGUACCAGCAGAUGGAGAAGUAGUUUCCUGGCGCAUCCCAAGCACGUAGCAAAAGGACGGUGCUUUCGUCUCAGGGACUGCAGAGUGGGUCCUGAGGACGUGACCAGGCUGUGCCAGAUACUGGCUCAAUGUCCCCAGCUGACAGAAAUUCAUCUGUCUGGAAAUUCGUUGAAUGACCAGAGCAUUGAAAGAUUACUGAGCUUCCUGCCAUACCUCUGUUGUCUGACACUACUGAGUAUUAGGAACAACACAUUUUCCCCACGUUGCACUGUCUUACUGAUCAACUCUAUCAAGCUCUGUGAGCGGAUCAGAAUGGUAGAAGUCCGGUCAAGUGAAAAUGCUUUUUUGCAUUUAGGAGCAAGCAUGCAAAGCCAAAAGACAUCCUGCAGGCUGACGGACUGUGCCAUCGGUCAAGGGCAGAUAGAUGAGCUCUGCAGAGUCCUGGAGCAGCACGGGUGGCUGGCGGAAGUAGAUCUCUCCAGGAAUCAGUUGGGAGAUGAAGGCCUGAGGUGCCUCUUGGACCACUUGCAUCAAGUGCCCGUUACCUGUUCCCUCAAUCUCAGUCAUAAUAGGAUUUCUCAGGAUGGAGUUCUGCAUCUCAUAAAUGCCUUUGCCACAUCUGGAAAUGCCACUGAAGUUCAAGUCAGUUUGUGCUCCAAAGCAACUUUAAUCAUCAAGCUGACAAGCAGACAUGACCCGAGAAAGAUUUUGAGCCUCGCAGAGUGCAACUUUCAGCCAGAGCACUUGGAAAAGUUGUGCUUGCUCCUGGAAAAGUGCACUGGUCUGACGGAGUACAUAUCCUCAAAUAACAAUGUGACAGUCCAAGCUGCAGAAAGACUUUUGCGUUCACUGAGGAAAAAUCUGGGUCCUCUGAAAAUCAGCAUAGAAGAGCCAUGGGCAUGUAAAGAAAGUGUCACGAACCUUCUUGAGCUGGCUGUCCAGGCCUGUGGAAACAUUACUGAGAUCACGAUACGUAAAGAUAGAACCCUCUUCCAACUAGGCGUAAGGUUCCCACACUGCUUGGAGAAGGUGGAAUCAGUCGUUAGCAGAUUGAAUCUGUACAAGCCAGAAAUCAAGCAUGCUCGCUUCUACCAAAGGGUUCGUGAAAAAUGUGCUCAGCUUCAGGAAUUGAGAUGGUCUCAUGUUGAGCUCCACAGUGAUGAAGCGGAAAUGCUAGUCAAGAUUUUGCUGCCUCUUCCAGAGCUGAAGAAGUUUGAGCUGACCUCUAGCAGUAUUAUACCAACUGGAAUUGAUUACUUGAUCACGGGCUUGCAGAAUUGCCAGGCCAUUGAAGAGCUCAACCUGGGCCACAUGAAACUCAGCAGUGCUGCCAUUCCUAAGCUUGAGCUGGGACUUCGUGAAAUGCCAUCUCUGAAAAGGCUUAUCUUGAACCAUAACAGCAUUGGUAAUGAUGGCUGCUCCAGACUCGUAGAAACCUUGAGGAAUAUGCACUACAUGGAGGAAGUCAAUUUAAGCCACAAUGAGAUUGGAGAUCCAGGCCUGAUAAAUCUAGCUUCUGUCCUGCUGGAAAUGCAAAACCUGAAGAGAAUCGACCUUUCAGGGAACAGUCCUAGUCCUGCUGGAGGGGAAAAGCUGAUGGAAGCUCUUGCCUAUUGCAAGCCCAUGGAGGAGCUACUACUAUCAAGGAAUGUUUUUGGAGACAAGGCGGCAGUGAAACUUGCCCUCUCUCUGCCUCACAUGACCAAUCUCAAGAUCCUGUGCUUGCAGAACAAUAACAUUGGGCCAGCAGGAGGGAUGGAGCUGGCCAGAGCCUUGGUGGCGUGCGGGCUGCUAGAAGAGAUAAGUUUAUCAGAAAAUGACCUUGGGGAAGGAAGUAUCCAUGCCCUGUCUGAGGGGUUGCCAUGCUUUGAACACCUCCGGAAGAUCGACUUGAGACUUUGUGGAAUCACUGAUGAUGCUUCAAAACUCCUUUCUCACGGCUUCCGACAAUGCCCUUCCAUGGAGGAGAUAAUACUGUCUUGGAACGCCCUUGGUGACAGAGGAGCCCAAGAGUUGGCCAGUGCUCUCCCAGGGAUGGAAAAGCUGAAGAUGUUAGAUCUGGAGAAAAAUCGCAUUGGCACCUGUGGGGUCACAAAGCUGGCAGAGGAACUUGCCAAGUGCCCGGAAAUUCAAUUCAUAAGGCUGUGGGACAAUCCGGUGCCCAAGGGCCUCGCGGAGAAUUUGACAAGCCAAGAUCCAAGACUAUGUUUCUCCUUCUACUAGCAU